CUCGAAAAUAUUCGCAUUCUCAUUUAUUUCGCGAACUAGUGCAGUUUUGUUGCCAUGUUGAAAAAUAAUAUUCGAUACGACAUUGAGUAAAAACUUUUGUUGCCGAUUGUACUUAAGUGAUGGUGAUUUUUUUAUACACAAGUUUCUAAUUUAAAUUUUAAAGAUUCAAUUCAAAAUGGCUUCAGCGACAUCAUUGUUAUUGAUAUUAUUCGUCGUCGCGUGCUAUUCUUUCGAUGAAAUGGACGUAUUUAGAACAGGCAAUGUGCAGUUAUUUUUGAGGGCUAUGACGAAUGACACUAAGGCUGCUGACACACUUAAUUUGCCAGCUAACGCUACUUCUAUAAGAGAAAAUAUUACAGACACUUUCAGUUGUGAGAAUCGUACCUAUGGUUAUUAUGCAGACGUGGAUAAUGAAUGUCAAGUGUUUCACGUGUGUUUGCCAUCGCAGACACCAAGUGGACGUAAUGUCACAUACAGAUGGAGCUUUAUAUGCCCCAAGGAGACUAUUUUCAAUCAGGAGGUCCUUGUUUGUACGAGAUCAAGAGAUGCUAUACCUUGUGAAGAAUCACCGAUGUUCUACGAUGUUAAUAUGGAAAUAGGAAAAGUUUCUAACGAUUCAAAAGACGAUACGAUGAAAGACCCAAAUAAACAAGUGGAAAAUGUAAAAGUGGACACAUCUAGGCGAAACCAUAAAAGACCAGGAAACAGAAAACAAAAUAUUAUAGUGCAAAACCUCCUUCAAAACGUAGUAGAUGAAGAAAUGGUUAAAGUUGAUGAAAUGGAAUUUUAUAAUGAACCUAUGGAUGGCAUCGUUGACGAAAUAGUGCCGGUUAUAGUUGAUAUGCCAAGCGAUAAACAACUUAAUGUUGAAGAAGUAGAAGAUAGAUUUGAUGUUGAAGAGAAAGAAGCUAACGACAGACUCUUAGAAGAAAGAAACCUAAAAUUAGUAAAAAAAUUCAUCAAAAUCAGCCAGAGUGGAGGCCCCAGUUCGCGCUGGGAUGCCGCCGCCGAUGAACGUUGUCGGGUCCCACACCUUUGCGCCCGUUACACCUCCGGCGCGCGAGAGGACGACGCUUCAGAUGACGAAUAUCAAAAAUAUAUAGAUUUGCUCCCGGAAUCCGAAAAACAGGCGUUUUUAAAUGUGAUUGCGAGACGGUUAUUUAAAGAGGUGAAUAAUAAAGGAGUUAACUCUGAAGUCAGUGGUGAAAUAUCUGAUGCUGAAUUAGAUAAACAUGGAGAUUUCGUUAAAAAGAUACUUCAAGAAGAAACUGAUAAUUUGAGGCGCAACCAAAAUGGAAAAGAUGAAAAUGGUAUAGAAAAGUUAGAAGUUAAAGGCGUAAAUGACAAUCCAUCUAGUGAAGAUUUUAAAAAUAUUAAGCAUAUAGAUUUGACUCUAAGGAAUGGUGAAAGACUAAAGAGAAGUAGUGGCUCAGAAAAAAUGAGUGAUACUCACUCUAUUGAUAAGCCUGAUGAAAUACCAGUUAAAAUUAUUUACGACACUGGUACAAAAGUGACGACCGGUCAAAGAAAUCUGACAUCCAAAGGAAAAGAUUUAAGUGGUGAAAUAUCUGAUGACAAAGACAUUCAAGUUAGACGUUCAAGAAGAGGUUCUGAUUUAGCUCAGAGUGAUAGUCCGGAAACAUAUACUGUUGUUAAUAACUAUGAACCGGAAGAUGAAACAACAGAAAAAAAUAAUAAGGUAAAUAGUGAAAUGCCGGAAGAUACGGUUGUAAAAUCGGAUAGUUCAAGUAGCGUCGAGGUCAAGAAACCUUUGCAAUCUGAAUCACAAGCUAAAGGAUAUACUGCAUCAAUAUAUGAAGCGGAAGGUGAAUCUAAUAAUGCAGAAUCAAGUGAUACCGACGAGAACGAUGAAACUAGAACAACAUAUUUACCAACUGUUACUUCUGAAGCAAUAACAACUGAAUUUGUAAAACCAAUAAAAAUAAAUAAUACGACUGUUCAAGUUUCAACAGCUACUAACCUUAUACAGAACUUAGAAAAUAAUACACAUCAUACAACGGAACCAACACAUCACUUAUAUUUAAGAUUUGGAAAUGAAUCUGAAAAUGUUGGUAUUGAUAAAAUUUUAUUGAAUGGUACUUCAGAGAGUAAAAUAAAUACCGUUGAAAAUAAAGAUACUAAUGAAACAAAGGAAACAAUGGACAAGGAAAGUUCUAUUAGGCAAACUGUUGUUGGUGGAAAUACAACUAUCAAUGAUUUAAAAAACAUAACUUAUAAAUUAAAUAAUGAAAACAAUGAAUCGUAUAUUGAAAGCAUAACUGAGUUAUCGAAUUUCACAGUUAAUCCUAGUCUUACUGGCGUUGUAUCUACUAUGUAUAAAGUUAUGAACUAUUCAAUAACAUCCAACAAAACAAAUUUAAAUAAUAAUACGACUACAACCAAAGAAGAAGAGAUGACAGUUUUUAAAAGUCUUCUUAAAUCUGUUAGAAGUGGUUUGGAACUUCAAUUUGAAGAAAACAAUAGCGGAAAAGAUUAUAGAGGUAAAAGAAAAACUAGACUUUCAUCUCAUCAUAACAAACCAAUUAAAAAAUCCGAAACAUACGAAGUGUAUGAAAUAUCUGCAGACAGACCACCAUUUAUCAAAAAAAGAAACAAGAAACACGAUAGCGCAGUUCAUUGGAAAUCAGUAAAUGAAGACCAGCCUUAUUAUGUCCCUAUUUAUAAUUAUUCCCCGGAAAAUGCUUACUACAAUUCUUAUAAUAGACUCGGUCCUAAUCACGAUGAAGAAUAUCAUGAUCUCAACAAAUAUGAUAUUUUCAAAGUUAAUACACCAAAGCAAACGAGAAAUAAGAAACCCCUACAUAAACUAGAUAGCAUAUUGAGAAAGUUUAAAUUCAGUGAAAAGAGACCAGUAAAUAAAAACAGAAUUAUUUUCAGAGAUCAACAAAUUAAAAAAAUCAUAUUGCCUAUCGUUGUUAAGAAGCCGAAACAUACAAAAGUGUAUUUUAAUCCUAAUGACUAUUUAGAUUUGGAUUAUAGCAUUGGACGAUCUCGGUACAACACAACGGUUAAAAGGUUAAAAUAUGUAGCACCAAUAAAAAAAUUUCCCGAUUCUGUUUCCGAAGAGCACGUUUAUAAUAGUAUGAAAAGUGGUAAUUCACCGAAUUUCCACCGCGCAACUGCAAAAAUACUGUAUGGACGACAUUUGUAUUUUCAUAUACCUAAAGUCAAUAAAACUUUAGAUGCAUCAGAGAGUGAGGAGGCAAAUUCCUUGAGAAUGCUUAGAUCAAGUAAUUACAGCGAUUAUGAUAAAAGCAAUGCUUUACCAGAUGACGAAGAUAUAGCUGUGGACUAUUAUUUCGGUUAUCAUGACAACUACGCAAGAUCAAAAGAAAAUUUGAAAGAAAAAGUAAAAGCACUGAGAAAUACUAACACGGAUGACAUAGAUAAUAUACCAGAAAACACAGAAGAAGGUAAAAAUAAUGUUGCAAAACAUGGAACUGUUAAAGACAUAUUAUCCAUUGAUCCAACUAACGCUUUUCUCUAUUUGGAUGAUUUGUUAAAAUAUGAUAUUCCUUUAGCAAGGUCUAAUGAUGACGAUGACGAUCUUAAACCAUACAUGGAAAUUAUUAAAGAAAUGAUAGAUGAAGAUAGUAAAGCUUUAAUACAAUAUGAUUGGUUGGGUACUACUAUCGAUAUACGAACUGCUCUGAACAAAUUAAUAGCAUUGACUAUAGCUUUAAAGUCUGGCGACAAAUUAGAUCCUCGAGAUAUGCAAUUGAUAAAUUACGUCAAGUAUUUGUUCACAACGUCCAAAUCUUCUAUUGACCAAGAACAUUAUCUACGCGAUGAGAAAAAGACCAAUCAUACAAAGCAAAAAGUUUCAGCUUUACCAAGAAACAAAUAUAGGAAAAAAGAAUACUUAAAAGUAAAAGGUCUUUUAGAUAGAGCAUGGUUGUAUAUCAGAGGCAGACUAAAAGAUGAAAAGUCAAACAAUGAGACCAGUUUGAGAGAGUUCCAAGGGUUUUUGUUCGAUAUCUGGCAUGGUUUGCACGAUCUGCACGAUGCACUAACAAAUAUAGCAGCUAUAAUAACAUAUGGCAAUCAGAGAUGGUAUCAGCAUUUAAAGGAUUUAUACCUGAAAGACGCGCAGAAGAAGCAAAUUCUAGAAGUGUUGUUACAUAUGGUCACUGUCAGAGUCAUGGAUUUGAUAGAAACGGCUGCCAAAAACGGCUUAGAGGAUAACUUUGCGUUAUAUAUAGAGAACCAUGAAGAAGAAGUUUUGAGGACCAAAGAAGACUUUCAAUUUGGUUUAAAAGUUUUGGGUGAAUUAAAGAAGUUAGUCUAG